GAGGCAGUGGCCUGCUUGCACUGUUGCAGAUGGCAGCUUCCAGGAAAGGACCCAGAGGACAGGAAGGGACCACCCUGGGAAGAGCUAUUUGCUUCAGAGUACCCGCCUCACUCCAUCCCUUGUCUGGGUGUCUUUCAGGCGUCAUGGCUGGCUUCAACAUGGGAGGAGACCUGAGGGAGCCUGCUACCAGCAUACCUCUAGGCUCCCUAGCAGCUGUUGGCAUCUCGUGGUUUCUGUACAUCGUCUUUGCCUUCCUGCUUGGUGCCAUCUGUACCCGAGAGGCCCUCCACUCUGACUUCCUGAUAGCUGAAAAGAAAGGGCCAAAUAAAACACCGGUAGCAGCCAUCUGCCUGACCAGCUUGGUGACCAUGGCCUUUGUCCUUGUGGGUCAGGUGAAUGUUCUGGCGCCAGUUGUCACCAUCAACUUCAUGCUGACCUACAUCGCGGUGGACUAUUCCUUCUUCGCCCUCUCCAUGACUCCCUGCAGUCUCCCCCAGUCUCCUGAAGCGGUGCCCAGGGAAGGUCCAGAUGCUCUGCCCUGCUCUGAGCACCUGCUCCAGGACAGGGCUCCCAGCUACGGCUCCGGCACCCCUGCUGGGAGCUCCGAGGGUACCCUGCUAGAGUUCACCAAGGACAUGGAUCAGCUGCUCCAGCCCACAGAGAGGCAUGACAGUUGUCAGCUUGGGUCAAGACAGGGAAACUGGGUCCCGAAGAGGCAGAAGGGGAAAAGCAAGAAAGCCGCCAAGCGAACCCUGCGAGAUAGCUUCCUCUUGGACUUGGGGUCUCUGUCCUUUCCUGCAGGAGCCUCUGGCGGGUUGCCUGCUGCCUCCUGGGAGGAGCAGGAGUCCCAUCACAACCAGCAGGCUUCUAGGAGUGAAUCACAUGACCAACUUGUCCCAGAUCCGUGCAACCAGCCUAGAGGGAAUGGAGAAGAUUUCUUUAUGAAAUGCCGACUUCAGGAGCAAGAGGUCCAGAGGAGACCAAGUGCUUCCUAUACUUGCAUGUGUAACCCAUGGGUCUCCCUGUUUGGGGCCAUUGCAUCCCUUCUCAUCAUGUUUGUGAUUCAGUGGGUCUAUACCCUACUUAGCAUGGGUGUUGCUGUCAUUGUGUAUUUCUACAUUGGCCAGUCCAGUCCAAGUCUUUACCUAGGAUCAGCCUCAAACUUCAGCUUUUUCCGAUGGAUGAAGUCCCUCCUGACGCCCUCCUGCAGUUACUCUGUGAGGUUAACCCUGACCUUUAGAAGACUUUCCUCCCUGGAGCCCUAGCAACUGUCCUGAUGAGGGUCUGCAAGCAGUUCUGGGAAACUG